CUGAUCCUCAUUCAUCAACAUUUUCAAAGAGAUUUAAUUAAUCUUAGGAACUCUAUUUGUGGAUUCAUACACAUAUACAAAGAAUAAAGUGGCCAUAUUAAUAGCAUCAAGAUCAUGCUGUUAGUGUUACUGGGCAUGUAGCAAUGUGCGCGUGUAAUGAAGCACCAGCAUGUCGCCGGCCUCUUAUGUAAUUUUGCAAAAUAUUUUACAUAAGCAAUGCUUGUUUUUUUAUUUGUACUUGAUGGGUUUUUAUUCUUCAUAUACACAUACUAUCAUCUAAUAAAAUUCUGAGCUUCGGGGGAGCUUUAAUACAAUGUUUCGGAGCCACUUGCCUUUCUUUUCAAGGUUGUUGGAUUGCAAUAUAUUCAUUAUCAAUAAUUAAUCUAAAUAAAAAUUUUAAGAACAUUUCUACAAGAAAAAAAGAAAAAUAAUUCGUGACCCCCAGAGUCUGACGACACUCUACGCGGGGAGUUUUGAAAAGCAAAUCCUCACAAACAACUUCUCCCUUCGCUCCCGCAUGCAUAAACUGCCAUUAACAACCAAACUACAAACAUAGCAUAAGCCCUCAACAUGGGCACAACUCCAGCUCUUCUCUGUGUAAACCCCGCCUUCUUUUUAACCCUAAAACCACAACCUCCUUCUCAACGCACAGCUCUUCUCUCUACCAAACCACUUACCUCCGUGUUCCGCUUCUAUUCAUCUCCCUCUUUUUAUUCACUCCAACGGUGCCGUUUCUGUCAUAUUACACCUGUUGCUGCAUCUGUUAAGGAGAAUUUGGGUGUUGUUCAAAAGACUUUGAGUGAGUUUACGAGUUUGAACAAUUGGGUUGUGAGGGAUUAUUAUCGUCUUGUUAGAGAUGUUAAUGCGUUCGAGCCACGGAUUCAGAAUCUCCCAGAUGAGCAGUUGACUGCAAAAACUGCCGAGUUUAAGAGAAGGUUGAGACGGGGAGAGACACUAGCAGAUAUUCAAGCGGAGGCUUUUGCUGUUGUUCGAGAAGCUGCUAGAAGGAAGCUUGGUAUGCGCCAUUUUGAUGUGCAGAUUAUUGGUGGAGCUGUGCUUCAUGAUGGGUCCAUUGCUGAGAUGAAAACCGGUGAGGGAAAAACAUUGGUGUCUACAUUAGCUGCAUAUCUUAAUGCCCUGACUGGUGAGGGUGUUCAUGUGGUAACUGUUAAUGAUUACCUGGCGCAGCGUGAUGCUGAAUGGAUGGGUCGAGUUCAUCGCUUCCUAGGUCUUUCAGUUGGUCUUAUUCAGCGAGGGAUGACAGCUAAAGAGAGGAGAUCCAACUACCAAUGUGAUAUAACAUACACGAAUAAUUCUGAACUUGGCUUUGAUUAUUUACGAGAUAAUCUUGCUGCAAACAGUGAAGAACUUGUGAUGCGAUGGCCGAAGCCAUUUCACUUUGCAAUAGUUGAUGAAGUUGACUCUGUACUUAUUGAUGAAGGAAGAAAUCCACUGUUAAUAAGUGGCGAGGCUAGUGAAGAUGCUGCACGAUAUCCUGUAGCUGCUAAAGUAGCUGAGCUGCUAGUCCGGGACAUCCAUUACAAGGUCGAGCUUAAGGAUAAUUCAGUGGAGUUGACUGAGGAAGGAAUAGCACUUGCUGAGAUGGCACUUGAAACAGAUGAUCUAUGGGAUGAAAAUGAUCCCUGGGCAAGAUUUGUAAUGAAUGCACUGAAAGCUAAAGAGUUUUAUCGGCAGGAUGUACAGUACAUAGUUAGAAAUGGGAAGGCUCUGAUAAUAAAUGAGCUGACAGGCAGAGUUGAAGAGAAAAGGAGGUGGUCAGACGGAAUUCACCAGGCUGUAGAGGCUAAAGAAGGCUUGAAGAUUCAGGCCGAUUCAAUUGUUGUGGCGCAAAUCACUUAUCAAUCAUUGUUUAAGCUCUACCCAAAGCUGUCAGGGAUGACUGGGACUGCAAAAACUGAAGAGAAGGAGUUCUUGAAAAUGUUUCAGAUGCCAGUUAUUGAAGUGCCCACAAAUCUGCCAAAUAUUCGUAUAGAUUUACCCAUACAAGCUUUUGCUACUGCCCGUGGAAAAUGGGAAUAUGUUCGUCAAGAAGUUGAAUACAUGUUCAGAUUGGGUCGCCCUGUUUUGGUUGGGACCACUAGUGUUGAGAAUUCUGAAUAUUUGUCGCACCUGCUAAAGCAACGGAGAAUCCCCCACAAUGUCCUAAAUGCGAGACCCAAGUAUGCUGCAAGGGAAGCUGAAAUUGUUGCCCAAGCAGGGCGAAAAUAUGCUAUUACAAUUUCUACAAAUAUGGCUGGUAGAGGAACUGACAUAAUACUGGGAGGAAAUCCAAAGAUGCUCGCAAAAGAAAUUAUAGAGGAUAGCUUGCUUUCGUUUCUCACACGAGAAGCUCCUGAUUUCGAAGUUGAUGACAAGGCAAUCUCACAGAAGGUUUUGUCAAAGAUAAAGGUUGGAUCAUCAUCAUUAGCUUUGCUAGCUAAGGCAGCAUUGAUGGCUAAAUAUGUUGGUAAAAGUGAGGGUAAGAACUGGACAUAUCAGAAGGCAAAAUCAAUGAUCUCAGAGUCUGUGGAAAUGAGUCAGUCAAAGGAUUUGGAAGAGUUACAGAGGCUUAUUGACGAACAGUCUGAAAUGUACCCACUUGGCCCUACCAUAGCACUGACUUAUCUCUCAGUUCUAAAGGACUGUGAAGUUCACUGUUUCAAUGAAGGGUCUGAAGUUAAAAAGCUUGGGGGGCUUCAUGUGAUUGGAACAUCUUUGCAUGAGUCUCGAAGAAUAGAUAACCAGCUUCGUGGUAGAGCUGGAAGGCAAGGUGAUCCUGGAUCAACACGGUUUAUGGUGAGCUUGCAAGAUGAGAUGUUUCAAAAGUUUAAUUUUGAUACUGAAUGGGCUGUGAAACUUAUAUCAAAGAUUACCGAUGAUGAGGAUACACCAAUUGAGGGUGAUGUGAUUUUAAAGCAGCUUUUGGCCCUGCAAAUCAAUGCAGAGAAGUACUUCUUUGGCAUAAGAAAGAGCUUGGUUGAGUUUGAUGAAGUCUUAGAGGUUCAAAGGAAGCAUGUCUAUGACCUUAGGCAAUUGAUUUUGACGGGUGAUAAUGAGAGUUGUUCCCAACACAUCCUCCAGUACAUGCAAGCAGUGGUAGACGAAAUUGUCUUCGGAAAUGUUGAUCCACUGAAGCAUCCGAGACACUGGAGUUUGGAUAAGCUUCUGAAGGAGUUUAUCACAAUUGGAGGGAAGCUAUUGCAUGGCUCAUUUUCAGGGAUCAGCGAGGAAGCCUUACUGAAAUCUCUUGCACAGCCACAUGAAUUGACCAUAGAUAUAAACAACUUUUACUUUCCAAAUUUGCCAAAGCCUCCAAAUUCCUUUAGAGGAAUACGUAAGAAGAGCUCUUCAUUGAAACGCUGGCUUGCUAUUUGCUCUGAUGAUUUGACCAAGGAGGGAAGGUACAAGGCAAACAUUAAUCUUCUGCGCAAAUACCUUGGAGAUUUUUUGAUAGCUUCAUAUUUGGAUGUUGUACAAGAAUCUGGUUAUGAUGAUGUAUAUGUAAGAGAAAUUGAGAGGGCAGUUCUUGUCAAGACUCUAGAUUGUUUCUGGCGAGAUCAUCUUGUAAAUAUGAACAGACUUAGCUCAGCGGUAAAUGUAAGAAGUUUUGGGCACAGAAAUCCUCUUGAAGAAUACAAGAUUGACGGGUGUCGAUUUUUCAUCUCGAUGCUCAGUGCAACCAGGAGGCUUACUGUAGAAACACUCUUGCUGUAUUGGUCAUCCCCGAUGGAGUCCCAAGAACUAUUCACAUCAUAAUAGCUGAUUGUUUGUCACACUAAAGAAAUUGGAAAAGAAAAUUUCUUCCCUUUAUCAGUUUGGUUAUGGUUUCAUGUCAUAUCCAUGAUAAGAGCCGUUUUUGGUAAGCAGGAUUUUAUUGGAAUUCAUUGAGUCUUCAUCCACUGGAUAUGUAACUUUGCAUUCAGAUUGAAUGAAGUCAUCACCCAAAGAAACUUGGUUUCAGUCUUCGUAGCACUCUGUGCAGUAAACUAUAAAAGUUCAAGCCAAGUUUCCUCCGAUAAGUACAUGACUUCAAGCAUUCAAUCAUAUGAUAAUUUUUGUAAGGCUACUUGUUCUUUGGCUGACAUGGGUGAUUAAGGGAGUUCAGAAUAUAUAUACCAACACUGUAUAUAUCAACUUCGAAUUGGAUAACUUCAUUACUUCAAGGAAACAUAAUCUGCAUACUGGUGGUACUGUAUAGAGGUAGAGCAACAACUAUGCAAGUGACCUAAAUUGACUCAUCCCAUUUUAAUAUCAUAUAGAUUUCUUGACAUUUAUAUAUGCCCAUCUUGUAUUUUCACACAAUUGAAAGUCAUUUUACUGCAAUUGAUUAUAUUAUGCAGUCAAUUUUA